CUGCUGAUUCAACCAACACCACUUCCACCAUUGCCACUACUGGUAUUGGCUACUUAUACUCCGGGUCCUGACACUCCGUCCUUAACGAACCGUACUCAGCAGCACCUCAACGAAAACUUUUUUCCUCAAAAAAAUUCUUUCGAGUAAUUUAAGUCACUGAAUCUUCCACGAUUUCCAUAACCUCAACCAUUCAACUUGGUGUCCUUGGAAAUAUCGCAUCAUGUCUGGGACUCCGUCCAAGAAUGGCACUUCGGAACCCAUGUUCUUUAUGCCGACAUCCAGUCCUGUGAAGCCCCGUGUUAAAACUUCCAUGUUCAACGUUGUUGACGAUUGUGAUGAGAACAAAUCACUCCAGUUCGGAGACAAUUCCCGGCGUAAAAGACAAGUCCCUACAGCUGCUGAAAAGAAAACGCCAGAUAGCCCUGCCAACGGCUCCAAUGUGACAACACCCUCUUCGCUGAACGAAGAAAUUAAAGAGGACAUUCCUGUCCAGGAAAUAAGCACAACCACGGCUCAGCCUAUAAUUUUUUCAGAUGGGAGUGCGCAAUCUCGCUUGUUUAUCAAGGGGGGCCGUAUCGUCAACGAUGAUCUGUCCUUCGAUGCUGAUAUCUACAUUGAAGAUGGAAUUAUCAAACAAAUUGGCAACAAUCUUGUCAUUCCAGGUGGUUCAAGAACUAUUGAAGCCAAGAACAAACUGGUCAUUCCAGGUGGCAUUGACACUCAUACGCAUAUGCAGUUGCCGUUCAUGGGGACCCAAGCUGUUGAUGAUUUCUACAGUGGCACAAAAGCUGCCCUCGCAGGAGGAACCACAAUGAUCAUGGAUUUUGUGCUUGACCCUCGUGGCUGUUCCCUCCUCGAUGCUUACGAAAAGUGGAGAGAUUGGGCCGAUGCUAAAGUGUGCUGUGAUUACGGUCUCCAUAUUGGCGUUACAUGGUGGGAUCCUCAAGUGGCCAAAGAAAUGGAUAUCUUGGUGAAAGACAGAGGUGUGAAUUCAUUCAAGAUGUUCCUUGCUUAUAAAGAUACUUUCAUGCUGGAAGAUCAUGAGUUGUAUGAAUCUUUUAAAGUUUGUAAAGAACUCGGUUCCUUAGCAAUGGUUCAUGCUGAAAAUGGUAAAAUUAUAGCUGAGAAAUCUAAGGAAUUGAUCGCUAUGGGUAUCACAGGGCCAGAAGGACAUGAAAUGUGUCGACCUGAAGAGGUGGAAGUUGAAGCAACAGACCGAGCGAUUAUGAUUGCCGAUCAGGCUAACUGCCCCCUCUAUGUUGUUCAUGUAAUGAGCAAGACUGCUGCUGAUAGUGUUUCAUUGGCACGGAAGGAAGGAAAAAUAGUUUUUGGUGAACCAAUAGCAGCUAGUUUAGGUACGGAUGGAACACAUUAUUGGAACAAAUGUUGGCGCCAUGCUGCUGGUCAUGUUAUGAGUCCACCCCUUAGAGCAGAUACAACUACCCCAGGUUAUUUGAUGGAUCUUUUAUCAAACAAUGACCUACAAUGUACAGGUACCGAUAACUGUACAUUUAAUGCUGAACAAAAGGCAUUGGGUAAAGAUGAUUUUAGACGCAUACCUAAUGGAGUUAAUGGAGUGGAAGACAGAAUGUCUGUGAUUUGGGAAAAGGGUGUGCAAUCUGGGAAAAUGGAUCCAUGUAGAUUUGUGGCAGUAACCAGUACUAACGCAGCUAAGAUAUUUAAUAUUUAUCCCCAGAAGGGGCGAAUCGCUGUAGGUUCAGAUGCUGAUCUUGUUAUUUGGGAUCCAAAUGCAACUCGUACAAUCUCUGCUAAAACUCAUCACCAGGCCUGUGAUUUUAAUAUUUUUGAGGGUAUGGUUUGCCAUGGAGUACCAUUAUAUGUCAUAAUGGGAGGACAUGUCGUCUUAGAUGAAGGCCAGCUUAAAGUAUCUCAAGGGCUCGGUCGUUUCAUUCCUAUGCCACCCUUUGCUGAAACUGUAUAUGGACGUGCAAGGAUGCCCAAAAAAGUUGAACGUGACCCAUACACUGGAACUGUUGUUGAAAUAAUGGCUCCUGAGGAAUUUGACACAAGGAAGUCAGAUAAUCCUAUUUUACAUGAUCUUCAACCAUUCCAUGCUCGACCACUUACUCAAAGCGGUGCUCGCAACCAGCAAGACUCUAGCUUUACAUUGAGUGAACAAGGAAAUAACCAACGAAGGAGGGAUUAUCAUUCAAACAGUGCUCAGUAUGAUGAUGAUCGUCCCAAGCGUUCAAGUACCAGAGUUAGCAAACCCCCUGGUGGCAUGUCUGACAUAUUCUUAGGUUAAACAAAAACAAACAAACAAAUCUACAAUCGAGUGAGAAGAAAAAAAAGUGCAAAUAAAAACAUGACUAAUGUAGAUUUCUUUCUCUUUAAAUAUUUUUUCAUCACAUAUUUAAACCCCCCCCCCCUGAACAACAAAAAAAAACAAGAAGACAAAAAUGCUUAUUUUUCUUUUUGUAUAUUGUCCUAAAUUUAUGAGAUAGGUAUGUAAAAUACGAUGUAUGUAUAUAUAUGUACACACGCAUAUAUGUAUGUAUAUAUAUAAAAAUGUAUGCAUGCAUAUACAUGUGCCAUACAUGCACCCAUCACUUGUAUGUGCAUGGAAGAGUAUAUUUCUGUGUGUUGCAUGUAAUAUAUAUUCUGUAUUUGUGGAGUUGGGGCAUCAUAAGUUAUUCGAAAAUAAAGAUUACAAACCUUAAAAAACAUUAUCUUGAUACUAAAUUUAUUUGCAUUUACAUUGCCUGUCUUUUGGCAGCAGUGUUUCGUUUUUCAGUCAGUUCUUAAGUUAUCUUACUUGAGACAGUGAGACUUAGAAAUUUCUUUAAUUAAAUAGUCACAGUAAUUAUUCUAAUAACAACCAAUUUAAGUUUAAUUCAAAUUAACAAUCAGGAGGGAAAAAAAUAUAUAUAUAUUACUUGAAUUAAUUACAGAAAUGCAUUUUUUGAGUUCUAACAUUAAAAUGCUUUUGAAAUCCAGCGUGCAUGCGUGCAUGCACAUGGCUACCAUGUUAAGUGUCCUGCACCUUCAUUUUGUCAUGUCUCCAUGCUAUUAUUUUAUACAAAUUGAUUUUCUGUGUCAAACAAUUAUUGUUGAACCUUCAAUAUUAUCAUAUUUUUGUCUAAAUUUAUUGCAGUUUGUCAUUCUGAUCUCUCUCUCUCUCUCUGCUAUGCUCUCACUCUGCUCACUGUAUGCCAAAUGGAAAUCUAUAUUGUUUAGUCAAACGUUGCCUAAUUAUUGAAUAAACUAUUCAUCAAACAGA